AAACAGCCCAAGGAGCCUUCACCCUCGCAGUGCAUGCAUCUGGCAGUGGUGGCAUGUGGGGACCGUCUGGAGGAGACACUGAUCAUGCUGAAAUCAGCAGUUCUCUUCAGCAACAGGAGACUCUGCUUCCACAUUUUUGCUGAGGAUUCCCUUAAGCCUGAAUUCGAGAAGAAGUUGAAGGAGUGGCCUGCCUCGUAUACAAAGAAGUUUGACUCCAACAUUUACCCAAUAACCUUCUCAGUAGGAAAUGCCCAGGAAUGGAAAAAGUUAUUCAAACCAUGUGCUGCCCAGCGCCUGUUUCUUCCGGUCAUUUUGAAGGAUGUGGAUUCUCUCCUUUACGUGGACACUGAUGUUCUCUUCCUGAGGCCUAUCGACGACAUCUGGCACAUGCUGAAAGAGUUCAACUCCACCCAGCUGGCUGCCAUGGCCCCAGAGCACGAGAUCCCAAAGAUAGGCUGGUACAGCCGCUUUGCUCGUCACCCCUACUACGGCGCAACCGGCCUCAACUCGGGCGUGAUGCUCAUGAACCUCACCCGCAUCCGCAGCACACGCUUCAAGAACAGCAUCAUACCAGGAGGUUUGACUUGGGAGGAAAUGUUGUAUCCACUGUACCAAAAGUACAAAAAUUACAUUACGUGGGGAGACCAGGAUUUACUAAAUAUCAUUUUUUACUUUAACCCAGAGUGUCUGUAUGUGUUCCCCUGCCAGUGGAACUACCGCCCUGACCACUGCAUGUAUGGCAGCAACUGCAAAGGGGCAGAGGAGGAAGGUGUCUCCAUUCUGCAUGGAAACAGAGGUGUCUACCACAAUGACAAGCAACCAACGUUCAAGGCUCUCUACGAGGUGAUCCGUGAUUUUCCAUUUGAAGACAAUCUCUUCCAGUCCUUGUACUACCCCCUGCAGUCAAAGUUUCUGGAUACAGUGCACACUUUGUGUGGGAGAAUUCCACAAGUGUUUUUGAAGCAGAUAGAGAAAACGAUGAAGAAGGUGUAUGAAAACCGUGUCAUUGUCUACCUGGGGGCCAACCACAGAUACUAAAUGUAGCUCUGUUUCUACAGAGUGUUUG